CGCGGCGCUGCCGGCUAGGCUGCUCCGCAGGUGACCGGGAGGUGGCAUUUCCCCGUAGCUGCAGCCCCCGCCUGGGGGGAUGGGCACAACCACGCCGGAUGGACGAGAAGAUCAAGAAAGCUGAGGAGGUGGCCCAGAGACUCACCCGAGCAGUGGCUGGCGGGGAUGAACAGGUGGCUAUGCAGUGUGCCAUAUGGCUGGCAGAGCAACGGGUGCCCCUGAACGUGCAACUGAAGCCUGAGGUCUCCCCGACACAGGAUAUCAGGCUGUGGGUGAGCGUGGAGGAUGCGCAGAUGCACACGGUCACUAUCUGGCUCACGGUGCGGCCUGACAUGACGGUGGCCUCCCUCAAGGACAUGGUGUUCCUGGACUAUGGCUUUCCACCAACCCUGCAGCAGUGGGUGAUUGGGCAGCGCUUGGCCCGGGACCAGGAGACCCUGCACUCCCACGGGGUGCGGCGGAACGGGGCCAGCGCCUACCUCUAUCUGCUGUCAGCCUGCAACACCUCACUCAACCCUCAGGAGCUGCAGCGGGAGCGGCAGCUGCGGAUGCUGGAGGAUCUGGGCUUCAAGGACCUCACGCUGCAGCCACGGGGCCCCCUGGAGCCAGUCCCCCCGAAGCCCGGGGGCCCCCAGGAGCCGGGGCGGGGGCAGAACGACGCCGCGCCAGAGCCCCCGCCGGUGGGCUGGCAGUGCCCCGGUUGCACCUUCAUCAACAAGCCCACGCGGCCUGGCUGCGAGAUGUGCUGCCGGGCGCGGCCUGAGGCCUACCAGGUCCCCGCCUCGUACCAGCCGGACGAGGAGGAGCGAGCGCGUCUGGCCGGCGAGGAGGAGGCGCUGCGCCAGUACCAGCAGCGGAAGCAGCAGCAGCAGGAGGGGAACUACCUACAGCACGUGCAACUGGAUCAGCGGAGCCUGGUGCUGAACACCGAGCCUACCGAGUGCCCCGUAUGCUACUCGGUGCUGGCGCCCGGCGAGGCCGUGGUGCUGCGUGAGUGUCUGCACACCUUCUGCAGGGAGUGUCUACAGGGCACCAUCCGCAACAGCCAGGAGGCCGAGGUUGCCUGCCCCUUCAUUGACAACUCCUACUCAUGCUCGGGCAAGCUGCUGGAGAGGGAGAUCCGGGCGCUCCUGAGCCCCGAGGAUUACCAGCGAUUUCUGGACCUGGGCAUCUCCAUUGCGGAAAACCGCAGUGCCUUCAGCUACCACUGCAAGACCCCGGACUGCAAAGGAUGGUGCUUCUUUGAGGACGAUGUCAACGAAUUCACCUGCCCUGUGUGUUUCCACGUCAACUGCCUGCUUUGCAAGGCCAUCCAUGAGCAGAUGAACUGCAAGGAGUACCAAGACGACCUGGCCCUGCGGGCUCAGAACGACGUGGCUGCCCGGCAGACGACGGAGAUGCUGAGGACCAUGCUGCAGCAGGGCGAGGCCAUGCACUGCCCACAGUGCCAGAUCGUGGUGCAGAAGAAGGAUGGCUGUGACUGGAUCCGCUGCACUGUCUGCCACACGGAGAUCUGCUGGGUCACCAAGGGUCCUCGCUGGGGCCCCGGGGGCCCAGGAGACACCAGCGGGGGCUGCCGCUGCCGGGUGAAUGGGGCUCCUUGCCACCCCAGCUGUCAGAACUGCCACUGAGCUGAGGAUGGCCUGGUCCCCAUGCUGACCCAGCCCCACAUCUGCAAGCUGCUGUGGGACAGGGCUGGUGCUUUGGCUCUGAUUUGUGGCCUGGGAGAUGCCUUUGCGCUUGGCUGAGACAGGGGCCCUGAAGAGACCAAGGCCCCUGAGCUGUGUGGAUGGCCUUGUUUGCUGUGGGCAUUGCAGAGGCCCUGCCUGAGCUGGCCAUUGUCCGCGGCUGCAUCUGCCCCAGUGCCUUUGCCCUUCCUGGGGCUUGCCAGCCAGACCUUUCAUCUCCUCUCUGUGGCUCCCAUCUCUGCCUAACCCAGCCUUAAACACAGCCCUGGCCGGAGGCCUUGCUGGAUGGAGCCUCUGAGAGCCCCGUGUGAGUCCACACUUCCCUCAUCCACCUCCCUCGUCUGCAGGACGCUGAGCACUCACAGCCUACCACCUCCCCUGUCGGCUUUCUGGGGGUGACUUUUCUCUGGCUUUGCUGUUGGAGGCCUGGGGCCUCUUAGAAUUGCUGCUAAUUCUGCUCAGAGCCAAGAGGGAGACCUGGCAGUUUCCAAAGACAGCCCAGCUGGUCCAGCUUCCGUAUCUCCCUCUUUGCCGCCUGUGUAAACUAAUUAAAAUGGUUUUCCAGGGGGCUUCCCUGGUGGCGCAGUGGUUGAGAAUCUGCCUGCCAAUGCAGGGGACACGGGUUCGGGCCCUGGUCUGGGAAGAUCCCACAUGCCGCGGAGCAACUAAGCCCAUGCGCCACAAUUACUGAGCCUGCGCGUCUGGAGCCUGUGCAACAAGAGAGGCCACGAUAGUGACAGGCCCGCGCACCGCGAUGAAGAAUGGCCCCCGCUUGCCGCAACUAGAGGAAGCUCUCACACAGAAGCGAAGACCCAACACAGCCAUAAAUUAAUUAAUUAAUUAAUUAUUUUUAAAAAAGGUUUUCCAGGAAGGGAUGAGUGUGAUGUCAUGAGAGGGAGCAAAAGGGUCAUGGGCUGCGACUCUGCACGGAGACAGGCAGGAUCCCAAGCUCUCUGGGAAUUGCAGCCAAAAGUUGAUGUGUUGGCCCCCGUCAGUGUAGAACGAGGGUGCGGCUGAGCACUGGGAUACUUGCUCUGGACUGAGCACCCCUGCACCCACUCGAGGGGCAGGAUGCUCUGGGUCAGCGUUGGCCUGGACAGGCAGCUUGCAGUGUGUUCAGAGUCCACAAGGCGGGGUCUGCAGGUCAGCGUGGGCUUCAGGGGGAGGGAGGGGCCGAGGCAGCAGCUACAGGCUGGCAGGAAAUUCUUGCUGCAAACUUCUGACCUCUCAGUGGGCAUCCAGUGUUGGAGAACAGAGAUAUUUCAGGAAGAGGUGAACCUGCUGCAGUUGCGGGUGAGAUUGUGAUCCUAAUUUUUAACAUCUCAGACAAGAUGGCACAGUAUUGGUCCAGUGCUGUUUACUAAGCCCACUCUGUGCUGGCCAGAGAUUAAUAAAACACGGUUC